AUGACCGAAGAAAUCUUAUGCCCGACCUGCUUUGAUCGCCAAGUUAACGACCAGAUUGCUUUAAUUAAAGCCUUUGUUGUCAUCUCUAAAGAAAGCAAAAAAACUUCAGUUUGCUUGGGACCUAAGCGCUCAGAUCUGCAACUCUCAGCUGCUUCUCUCCACUGCCGCUGCUUCUAUAGACGUCCCUUGACGGUUCUUGACUCUGAACCCACUAUCCACAACAUGGCUGCCUUGCUUUACCAAGCUCAGUUGUUUCAUUACGACAGCGCCACUAUGAUCAUAAAGCUCAAGGCUACUAUUCAGUCUUUGGAAAGGCAGAUGAGUUAUAACUCUGAGUUACAUGGGAAGCUUGCGGAGAGAAGCUAUGAUGUGGUUUCUAAGCUCACUGAUAACAGUCUUUACCAUUUUUGUGUAUUUUCUGAUAACAUUAUUCCUACUUCGGUUGUGGUUAACUCCACUGCUCUCAACUCCAAGGCCCCUGAGAAAGUCGUCUUUCAUCUUGUCACUAACGAGAUCAACUACGAUGCGAUGAAGUCAUGGUUUGCUAUGAACAUGGACAACCUCAGAGGAGUCACUGUUGAAAUGGUAGAAAGUUGGUUAAUUUGA